AUGGCUCCGAAGUCUUCGCCCUUUGAUCUCUCCAAAUGUGCGCGACCCAACAUCCUCAAACUGCACCCUUAUAGGUGUGCGCGAGAUGACUACAAAGACGAUGGCACCAAUAUCCUCCUCGACGCGAACGAGAACGCGUAUGGUCCCGGGCUCGCGCUGGAAGAGGGUGGUGUUUGUGGUAAACAUGACAAGACAACUGUCGACUUCCUGGGCCUGAACAGAUAUCCUGAUCCACACCAACUCGAGCUGAAGGAACUGUUCUGUCGUUUGAGGAACACACAUACCCAUACAGACAAACAACUCAAACCGGAGAAUCUGUUCUGUGGAGUCGGGUCAGAUGAGGCCAUUGACGCUUUGUUGCGCUGCUUUUGUGCUCCUGGAAAAGACAAGAUUCUGACUUGUCCUCCCACGUACGGCAUGUACGCAGUUAGCGCAGACGUCAACGAUGUUGAAAUCGUCCAGGUGCCCCUCAACCCCGACAAUAGCUUCUCACUGCAGCCUCAACCAAUAUUGGAAAAGCUCUCCUCUGAUCCAUCCAUCAAGAUGGUGUACAUUUGUUCUCCUGGGAAUCCCACGGCCGCCCUCAUUCCCAAGGAAGACAUUCAACCAAUCUUAGAGCAUCCCACAUGGAACGGCAUAGUGAUUGUGGACGAGGCAUACAUCGAUUUCUCACCUGACGGGUCAAGCCUGGCGGAAUGGGUGUUGGAAUGGCCGAAUUUGGUGGUAAUGCAGACAUUGAGCAAGGCAUUCGGUCUGGCCGGAAUUCGCUUAGGAGUGGCCUUUAGCAGUCACGAGAUUGCAGCGCUGCUCAAUAACAUCAAGGCACCAUACAACAUCUCAAGUCCGACGAGUGCCAUUGCAAUAGCAGCCUUGCAAGAAGAGAAUCUGGCAGUCAUGCGACAACACCGCGAGAAAAUCCUCCAGCAACGAGACCGACUUCUUCGAGAGCUCCCACGAAUCCCAGGUAUUGGCCGUUUCCGAGGAGGGACCGCGUCGAAUUUCUUGCUGGUGGAGAUUCUGGACAGUCCGCUGGAAGAGGGUGGACAACCAGACAACGCGACAGCUUUGAAUGUGUACGAAACAAUGGCGGGGCAACGAGGAGUGGUGGUUAGGUUCCGGGGAAAGGAAUACGGGUGCACAGGUUGUCUGAGGAUCACCGUGGGCACCGAGCAGGAAGUAGAUCGAUUCUUAGAGGAACUCAGAUCUGUCUUGGGUCACAUUUACUCGGCUUCAACACCGCAAGGCUCGAAGGUCAAUGGGUUGAAUGGGGUCGACAAGGGCAGUCGAAGUGAGGGGGAACGCGAGGCGGCUGCCAACAGUGUGAUAUCAUAG